AUGUCGGAACAGUCCGCACCGCCUGUUAUUACUAUCUACGAAAUGGCUUUCGCUUCAUCGGACAAAACCGAUGCGAUUCUGGUUGUCGACGGAAAGAAGCUUCAUGUCAACAAAACGCUUCUCUCCUGUCACUCCGACUACUUCAACACUCUCUUUAACUCCGAUUUCAAGGAAAAAUCAAUGCAGGAAAUUCCGAUUGAAGACGUCAAUUUUGAGGAUUUUGCUACAGUUUUGAGCUUGGUUCAUCCGAAUCCGAUUGAGCCAACUAUUGAAAACUCGGAACGACUCCUCCAACUCGCCGAUCGAUUCUUUCUCCCAGCUGCGAAGCGCCACGUGGAAUUAUCGAUUAGUUGCAGUCGAAUCAGUCGAAUCAGAAAGCUGGAAUUGGCGGAUAAAUACAAUUUGGAGAUUCUUCUCGAACAUAUUCUGAUGGGAUACUCGAAAAAAGAAGAUUUCAAUAAUAUGUAUAAUGCAACUAUUGAUUUUACUGAUCACACUAGAUCGAAACUUUUCCAAAGAUACUUUUAUUUGGUUGACAAGGCAAAGGAUCGUUCCAGUAAUAAUAGUAGUUACGGUAGUAGUGGUUGGCAGUAA